AUGAAGGUUCCCUUGUUCGUGGGUGUUGUUUUGCAUAUCAUCCUAGGGGUUCUAGGGACUCCUUUGAAAGAUAAUAAAAACAUUUGCCUCUUGCCACAAGAUGAAGGACCAUGCCGCGCAUUGAUUCUACAAUUUUAUUAUGACAGGUACACUCAAAGCUGCAAGCUAUUUCACUAUGGUGGAUGCUAUGGAAAUGAUAACCGGUUUGAAGAUCUGGAUGAAUGUGAAAAAACCUGUUGGCAUAUAAAAAAAGUGCCAAAGAUUUGCAGAUUGGAAGCAGAUGAAGGAUUAUGCAGAGCUAUGAUAAAGAAAUAUUUCUACAACAUGACUUCAGGGCAGUGUGAGCCUUUUUAUUAUGGAGGUUGCUACGGUAAUGACAACAACUUCAUAGAUGAAGAGUCAUAUAUGCAAUACCAUGAAUCUCAGAAAUAUGGGCCCUUGCUGUGUUUUGAACCUAAAGAUGAAGGGCAAUAUUCUGCUGAAGUGACCAGAUUUUACUACAACUAUGAGAAGAAAAUGUGUGAAACAUUCCAGUAUACAGGCUGUGUGGGAAAUAAUAACUUUGUCACUUUGAAAGAUUGUGAUAAUGUAAGCACAAAAGUAUUCCGGAGACAGAAGGCAUUUUGA